AUGAUUCUUUCCAAUCUUACUCAUAUCCUCCCACAUACUUUUUUCUUGGCUGGCAUCCCAGGGCUCACAGCAGUUCACAUUUGGAUCUCACUUCCAUUUUGCUUCAUGUUCUUCCUAGCAGUGACAGGGAAUGGUGUACUGCUUUUUCUUAUUUGGACAGAGCACAACCUUCACCAACCCAUGUUUUUCUUUCUUGCGAUGCUCUCCUUUGUUGACCUGGUCCUCUCUUUCUCUACCCUGCCCAAGAUGCUGUCUAUUUUCUGGUUUGGUGCUACAGCCAUCAGCUCCCACUCCUGUCUUUCCCAGAUGUUCUUCAUCCAUGCAUUCUCUGCCAUGGAGUCAGGGGUGCUGGUGGUCAUGGCCCUGGAUCGCUUUGUAGCUAUUUGUAAACCUCUGCGCUAUGUAAACAUCCUUACCCCAGUUGUUGUUGCCAAGAUUGGAGGCCUGGUGGUGCUGCGGGGUGUGGGAUUGACCAUCUCCUUUCUGAGUCUUGCCCAUCGGCUGCCCUACUGUGGCUCACACAUGAUAGCCUAUACCUACUGUGAGCAUAUGGCUGUAGUGAAGCUGGCCUGCAGUGCCACCACUGUGGACAACCUCUAUGCCUUUGCUGUGGCAAUUUUUCUUGGUGUGGGGGAUGUGACCUUUAUUGCUUACUCCUAUGGGCAGAUUGUGAGGACUGUGAUGCGUUUUCCUUCACCCGAGGCACGUGCUAAAGCAGGCAGCACAUGUACGGCCCAUGUAUGUGUCAUCCUCUUCUUCUAUGGACCAGGUUUUCUUUCUGUGGUCAAGCAGAGGUUUGGGCCACCCACAGCCUCUGCUGCCAAGGUCAUCCUUGCCAAUCUCUACUUGCUCUUUCCCCCCGCACUGGACCCCAUUGUCUAUGGAGUCAAAACCAAGCAGAUACGGGAGCGGUUGUUCACAGCUUUGAGCUCCAAUCGGAUUGAUGCCACUUGA